CUUUGAUUCUGACAAUUCUUCAGGAGACUUUUCAGAAGCAAAUCAUAAAGUUGCAGAAAUGCUUGAUCUAGAUCCACACCAAAGCAAUAGGACUGGAAAGCAUAAUGGAGAGACAGAGAUUCAAGAAAAUGGAAUUAAGAGACACAGGACAACAUUACCUGCCCCAAUGUUUUCUAGAAGUGAUUUUAGUGUGUGGAGCAUAUUAAAAAAAUGCAUUGGACUGGAGCUGUCUAAGAUUACGAUGCCUAUUGUCUUCAAUGAGCCAUUGAGUUUCCUUCAGCGGAUAACAGAAUAUAUGGAACAUAUAUACCUCAUUAAUAAGGCUUGUAGUCAUGCAGACCCCCUGGAACGAAUGCAGGCUGUAGCUGCUUUUGCAGUUUCUGCUGUAGCUUCUCAGUGGGAGAGAACUGGCAAACCAUUUAACCCGCUGUUAGGAGAAACCUAUGAAUUAACCAGGGAGGAUUUAGGAUUUAGGUUUAUAUCUGAGCAAGUCAGCCACCACCCACCUAUUAGUGCAUUUUAUUCUGAAGGCCUCAGUAAGGACUUUAUUUUUCAUGGAUCAAUCUAUCCCAAACUAAAAUUCUGGGGAAAGAGCAUAGAAGCGGAGCCUCGGGGAACAAUUACUUUGGAGCUUCUGAGACAUAAUGAAGCUUACACAUGGACGAAUCCAACCUGUUGUGUACAUAAUGUAAUUAUUGGUAAACUGUGGUUAGAACAAUAUGGAACGGUAGAAAUUGUAAAUCACAGUACUGGAGAUAAAUGUGUCCUUAAUUUUAAACCAUGUGGACUGUUUGGGAAAGAGCUUCACAGAGUAGAGGGAUACAUUCAGGACAAAAACAGAAAGAAGCUGUGCGUGAUCUAUGGCAAGUGGACGGAAUGUUUAUGGUGCACUGAUCCCACUACCUAUGAGACUUACAAAAAGAAUGAAAAGAGAGGUGGUGAGCAGAAGAAGUUGAAGCCGAGUGAAGAUGUUAUUAAAUCCGAAAAUGAUGAGGCUGAUGAUCUGCCAGAGGUUCAAGACACGGUGCAGUUCAUACCAGGCAGUAAAUUGCUUUGGAGAAUAAAUUGUAGGCCACCAAACUCAUCACAGAUGUACAAUUUCACCAGUUUUGCUGUGAGUCUCAAUGAGCUAGAAAAGGGCAUGGAAGCAAUUUUAGCUCCCACUGACUGUCGGCUACGUCCAGAUAUCAGAAAUAUGGAAAACGGAAACAUGGAUGUGGCUAGCAAAGAAAAAGAGAGACUAGAAGAGAAACAAAGAGCUGCUCGCAAGGAGCGUGCAAAAGAUGAAGUGGAGUGGCACACACGGUAAGGGGAAAGGAAGCUGGGCAUUUGUGUAAUGCUUGGAAUGGUUUGGUAUACUGCUUGAAAUGUUUUUAUUCAAGACAGCAUGUGUUUGAUUUCCUACAUGACAGCACAAUUUGUAGUGUCACUUCAAGCACUUGCUGGGUCAACAAUUAAAUAAUGCAGCUGGAAGCCAAAAUUGCUGAUAACUUUGUCCUGGAGAAAUUAUCUAAUAAUAAAUGCUGAAACCUGUCA